CUCAGGGAAACACUUUCCCUCCUUCAUAGCACGACCGCGUUCUUAUAAGGUGAUUGCAACGUGCUUUGCCCAGUCAGCCAUGGCGUCAGAAGAACCUAAAGCAAAGAAACUCAAACUUUCAGAGGAGAAGAAGGAGAAGGAGGAGGAGGAGAAGAAGACAGAGUCUCCGACCAAAAAGGCUCCUGCCAAACUCAGCCCGAAUUCACUCUUUGGCAUGGGAAAUCCCCUCCUGGACAUCAUUGCUGUAGUGGACAAAGACAUCUUGGACAAGUACAGUCUGAAGCCCAACGAUCAGAUCCUGGCUGAGGACAAGCACAAAGCCCUAUUUGAGGAGCUGGUGAAGAAGUUCAAAGUCGAGUACCACGCCGGAGGAGCCACACAGAACUCCAUAAAGAUCGCUCAGUGGAUGAUCCAAGAACCCCAUAAUGUGGGAACGUUCUUCGGCUGCAUUGGCAAAGACAAGUUUGGAGAGAUCCUGAAGCAGAAGGCUGAAGAGGCUCACAUCGACGCCAACUACUACGAGCAGGACGAAGAGCCCACAGGGUCGUGUGCAGCUUGCAUCACCGGAGAUAACAGGUCUCUGGUUGCUAACCUAGCUGCUGCUAACUGCUAUAAGAAGGAUAAGCAUCUAGACCUGGAAGAAAACUGGAAGCUGGUGGAAAAAGCUAAAGUCUACUAUAUUGCUGGUUUCUUCCUGACUGUCUCUUUGGAGUCCAUCCUGAAAGUGGCAAAGCACGCUUCUGAAAAUAACAAGCUGUUCUGCAUGAACCUCUCCGCGCCGUUCAUCUGCCAGUUCUUCAAGGACAACCUCAUGCAGGUUAUGCCCUACGUUGACGUGCUGUUCGGCAAUGAGACAGAAGCAGCUGCUUUUGCUAAAGAGCAAGACUUUAAGACCAAGGACGUGAAGGAAAUUGCCAAGAAAGCCCAGGCUUUACCCAAAGUCAACAAGAAGAGACAGAGGAUUGUAGUUUUGACCCAAGGGAAGGAUGACACUGUUAUGGCUCUCAAUGACAAGGUUGAGACUUUCCCUGUAAUGAAGAUCGACCCCAAGGACCUUGUUGACACAAACGGUGCAGGUGACGCCUUUGUAGGAGGUUUCCUGUCUGAGCUUGUCCAGGAGAAAUCUCUGGAUAUGUGCGUGAAGGCAGCACACUACAGUGCCAAUGUCAUCAUCAGACGAGUAGGUUGCACCUUCCCAGAAAAACCCGACUUCAAUUGAGGAUUCCUGAAGAUCUUUUCUUCUUCCUGAAACCUCAUACUCACCCUGCCUUCGUAACUCUGACCCAUGAUUUUCACAAUUUUCUACAAAUACAGCCAAAUACAUGCAAUUUUUCUUUUUUUUUUCAAAAUCAGCCACCCGUCCGUGUUAUUUUUUUAAAAUAAUUUCUUACUAAUUGAGUGUUGGGUGCCUGCUGAGUUGUGUCCAUCUCCAUGUUCUCCACUUGGGGCCACUAGAGGAUUGUGCAGCCAAGCACUAAGGGAGUUUUCUCUUUAUUUAAAUUACCAUAAAGGCAUCGUGGUAAUACAGGGAAAUGUAAUAAUUGUGCUUCACACAAGGGAUUCAAAUGUUAAAUCCUGUUAUCAUGGACAGUAGUUUUGGGAUUGUUUCUAAAUGUACUUUGGCUCUGACACUUCCAGCAUCAGACUUUACUGCAAGCACUUGUCUCAACAUCUCACGAGUACAAUGUAAGCACAUCAGCCUAUUCCGGUAGGAGGACACAUUACACUCAGAGGACUGAAGAAUAAAACACUGCUGUCAAGGGAUGCUUUGGAUACGGCACUGAAAUGUGUAGUAGUGAUUUGUUUUAUGACUUUUAGUAUUGUUUAGAUUUCAUUUAACGGGCCAGUUGUAAAACCAAAUGGUUUUUAGGUGCACACAUUUUAAAUGUGUCAAAGCCUCUGCUCAUUGAGUCCUGUGAGAAAUGUUAAAUGUCAGCUUUACUUGAUGUUCAUAACUUAUCUUGUUCUGUCCAGGCUGUUUGUGAGAAGCUGCAUAAAGUAACGAGUGCCUUUCUUUCUUUCUUCCUUCCUCUUUAAAUAUUACAAAAUUGAACGUGAUGAGCAGAGGUGUACAUAUGUUAUGUAAACCAAUUUUUCUGCGCAUGGAAACUUGAAAGCUCGAUCAGUGAUGGGCAGCUGGUGGUUAGUGGCGGCGUAAACUGACACAUUACAUUUCUAAAAUGCACGUGAAGCAUGUUGAAAAGAGAUCACUAUAUGUGGAAGUUCUCUGUCAGAGGAAUACAGUGGAUAUAAAAACAUACCCUUUCUCUAUUGUUUGUUUUUCAUUUGAAUAUUCAACCUAACUACAAGACUGUCAGCUUUGUUGGAUCAGUUACGAAUGAAAUGGAAGUAUGCAUUUUAAUCCAGUCAAAUUUUCAUAUUUUAAAACUUGACAACUGCUACAAAUGAAAGAUCCAAAAGAAAUCAUAAACAUUAGCUAACUGUGAUAUGGGGCCAAACGUUUCAAAGCAUCUGUACUUGCAUGAGAUUCUGUUGUGUUGUGGUCUGUGUUACAUGGAAUACUUGAACAAAACAAGCCUACAUACAGACAAAAUCUAAAGUAUUCAUGAAAAUGCAAGAAGCAUGUGCAGUUUUCCUAAUGCUGCAAGCGGUGUUUUGAAACCUGUGUGUCUGGUAGUACUAAUAUGUUGUACAGCGUCCCUCCAUUUAACAGACUGUUUCUUUAUACCUUCAGAUGCACCAAAAAGCCUUAUGUGACCUUUUAUUCCUGAUCUCAGUAACGCUCAAGUUACCCAUCUCUGCAGUCGAGUGUGAUGACUGAAACUGACAAAUAAAAAAAAUCGUUUUGUUCAAAUCA